AUGGCUGUUGCAGCUUUUCGCAGCUGCUUCGCGCCGCAGGCGCUGCUGCUGCUUUUGCUGCUCCUGCUGCUUUUGCUGCUGGGCUGCAGCAGCAAUCGAGUAGAGGCUGUGCAGCUCUUCCGUCUGUCUCCUCCAGGGCGACAGCAGCACUUGGGCUUUGUUGCUGCUCCUCUUCGCUCUCUAUGUUCGCUUAAGAGGCCGAAUUACCACGCAGUGCAGCAGCAACAGCAGCAACAGCAGCAACAGCAGCAACAGCAGCAGCAGCAGCAAACCCUACGCGCUGUGGCCCGCUCGGCAUCCCCUACAAGGCCGAACGGUGCAGCAGCCAGAAGACGCCGCAAGGGAAUCAGCAGCAGCAGCAGCAGCAGCAGCAGCAGCAGCAUUAGCAGCAGCGGGAGUUGGUUUGAGCUGCUGGGGCGGCCCUAUGUACCGCUGACAGAAGGGGAGCGCCAGCAGCAGCAGCAGCAGCAGCAGGCAGAAGCAGCAGCAGACGCAGCUUUUAGUGUCUCCUUAAAGGAAGCACAAGAUUAUCCCGAAGGGCCUAUAUUAUUUGGAGUGCAGCAGCAGCAGCAGCAGCAGCAGCAAGAAGAAGAAGAAGAAGCAGAGGGGGAACAGAGUCUCAGCAGUCUCCUUGGGGGCCUUAUCGGUGCUCUGCCGCACACUUACAAUGAAGAGACAGCUCUAAAGGAGUUGUCUGCGCUCUCUAGGCGUCCCUUUAAGGGUUUGGAGGGGCCCCCAGGGGGGCCCCCCGGGGGCCCCCUUGAGUAUAACGAGCAGACAUUGCAGCAGUGGCUUGAGGUUGCUGCUGCGCUGCAGGAGACGCCUGUCUCUGUGCAGCAGCAGCAGCAGCAACAGCAGCAACAACAGCAGCAGCUUGAAAGGGAGACAGCAGAACUAAGCUGGCAGCUCAUCCAGGUGUUGCGGCAUGUCCAGCAGCAGCUGCGGCAGCAGCAACAGCAGCAGCAACAGAAACAGCAGCAACAGCAGGAGCAACAGCAGCAGCAGCAAUGCAGCAGUUGCUGCGGUGCAGCUCUAUCUGCUGCACUAGCCGCUGCAGCAGAAAGAAGUGGUGGUGUUUGCUUAGGGGGCCCCCCUGGGGCCCCCAAGGGAGAAGCAAGACAGGGGUCAGGUGUCUCUGCUUCCUUCGCGGGUCCCCAGCUAACACAGAGGCCUCUGCCUUCCGUGCUGGGUGCAGCAAGAGCAGCAGCAACAGCAGCACGAUCUGCUGCUGCUGCUGCUUGUGGCAGCAUUUUGCUGCCUUUACGCUGGUGCUGGAGACGACUGUCCCCCGCGCCGCUAGCUGAUGGAGACACUGAUGCCCCUAAGGCCCAGGGGGGCCCCACAGGGGCCUUUAUCUUGCAAAUGCUGCGGCAGGAAGCAACACCUUCUUGGCUGCAGCUGCUGCAGCAACAACAGCAGCAGCAACAACAGCAGCAGCAGCAGCUGCAGCCUCAAGAUCAGGCGACCCUAACAAGGCUCCUCUCUGUCGGGACUGCUGCAGCGGCGUUCCUAAUGCCUUCCGGCCCCAGAAACAGCAGCAGCAGCAACAGCAGCAGCAGCAACAGCAGCAGCAGCAGCAGCAGAAAUGGGGGGGUGUCGGUUGACUGGGACGGACAAGACGAGGCAAUUUACAGCCGUCUGCUGCAGCUGAAAUUGCUGCUGCUGCAGCAGCAGCAGGAGGAAGCUUCAUUAGUCAAGGGGCCCUUCCGCAUCGGCAGCGCCCAAUGGGCUCGGUCUAUAGUGCAGCAAUAUGUGUGUCUCCUGCAGCAGCAGCAGCAGCAGCAGCAGCAGCAGCGGAAGACAUACUUCGAGGGCUUCAGCCUGAUAGGGCUGCCGCCGCUGCCUCCCCCGGAGGCGUUUGCUGAUCGUUUGCUGCUGUUCUCUCAUCUUCUUUCUGCUCCUGCUGCUGCUGCUACUGGGCGCAGCAGCAGCAGCAGCAGCAGCACUGUUGGCGGUGUCGCUGCUGCCCUCUGCAUUCCGCUGGAGUUGGCUGAGGGACGCCUGCAGCAGCUGCUGCACCGCAUUGUCUCGUCUUUGUCUACCCGUCUCUUCUCUCUGCUCGCCCCCCAGCAACAGCAGCAGCAGCAGCAGCAGCAGCAGCAGCAGCAGGUCUUGCGAGAGGGAGCUGCUGCCCUGCGGGCAGCUGCUGCAGCAUUAGGUGUGAAGACUACCGACACGAAAGCAGUUGCUGCUGCAGUGCUGCCGCUGCUGCACCAGCGUUUGGUGUCUCUUGCUGAGUCGGAGCUGCCUGCAUCUGUCUCCUUGCAGCAGCAACAACAGCAGCAGCAGCAGGAACAGCAGCAACAGCAGCAUUCUCUGUCUGUUGCCUCGCAGCACCAUGGAGCUGCAGCAGCAGGUAGUUUGCUGCUGCUGCAGCAAGGGGCGUCAAGCAUCCUGGGGGGUUUACGUCGCGCUGUUGGUGCAGCAGGUGCUGCUGCUGCUGCUCUUGUAGGCCCUGCUGCUGCAGCAGAGGCCCCCGCAUGCAUCGGUGCCUUAGCAGCAAAAUCUCUUCUUCCUGCAUUAUUUAAAUUUGAGCUUCAGCAGCAAAUUGCUGCGCAUGCAGACGCCAGCCAGUUGCUGCAGACCCCACAACAAGAGACAGAGACACUUCAACCCCCAAAGCAGCAGGGGCCCCCAAGCAAAACAGCAGCAGCAGCAGCAGCAGCAGCAGCAGCACGAACACUUGAGCCGGCGCCAGCACCGGCAUCAACAGCAGCAACAGGAGCAGGUUCAACAGCAACUGCAGCAGCAGCAGCAGCAGCAGCAGGGAGAAGGAGUGGAUUGUUGCAGGUUGAGGAGGCUCGGGAUCUGCUGCAGCUGCAGCAGCAGCAGUUUGUCUCCGCGCUGCAGCUGGGCCUCAGCGCAGUUGCUGCUCCUCUUCGUCGUUGCCUUGAAAUAUCUGCGGAGAUGCAAAACGAAGAGAAGUGCAUGCAGGCAGCAAAACAAAUGCUGCUGCUUGACUACGAACUGGAGCGGCUAGUGGAGACUGCGGUGCCUGCAGCAGGAGCAGGGGGCCCCCUUGAGGGUGCGAGAGGGAGACUGCUGCUGCUGCUGUAUCUGCGGCUGCAUGCAUUGCUAGGUGAGGGCCGAGCAGCAGCAGCAGCAGAGGCGCAGCAGCAAGCAGGAGAAAGCUCUCUCAGCAGCAGCUCAGGGCCUCUGGGGUCUCUGUGGGGCGGUGCAGCAGCAGACGCCCCGCUGCAGCGCUUUGUCCGAGCAGCAGCAGCAGCAACAACAGCAGCAGCAGCAGCCGACGCCUCAGGCGAGACGUCAGGAGACACCCAAGGAGACAAUGCGCAGCACAACAGACUCUCCGCCAGGGCCAGCGAAUACGUGCUGCAGCUGCUGCUGCUGCGACAGCAACAGCAGCAGCAACGCAAGUCCCCUGCUGCAGACUCUGCUGCUGCUGCUGCUUCUGAUGCUGCUGCUACUGAGCGGUGGAAGCAGCUGAAUCGCAUAGACCCGAAACAAGAAGAGGCCCUCAAGGUCUCGCUGCUGCAGCAGGCGCUGCUUGCAGCCGGUGCAGCAGCUGUCAGUACACUGCAGGGCUCGUCCUCAGAUCUAACCAAGAAGCAGCAGCAGCAGCAGCAGGAGAGGCUGCAGCGGCUCUCUAUACCCCUCAAUGUCUUCUACCGCCGCAAGCUGCCGCAGCUGCAACAGCAGCAGCUCGCCACUGCAGCAGCAGCAGACAGCAUUGCGCUGCAAGUCAGAGACGAGGUGCUGCUGCCUGCAGCUGCACGUGUGGGGCUGGCAGAUGCACGCAAGGCAGUGGCUGCUGCUGCUGAGGUGUAUAGGCAGGUGUUUGAGGAGGAGACAGAUGCUGCAGCACCGGAGACAGCAACAGCAGCAGCAGCCCGCAUGCUGCUGCUGCGGGGUUGGCGAGUCGCUCUGGGCCUAACAGCAGCAGAUGUCUCUUCUUUGCAUGCAGAGGCAUACAGGGCGUGGCUGUUGCGGGUGGCUCGCGAGGCGAUGGGGCCCGAAGGGCAGUGGACGCCGGAGGCAGCAGAAGUGAUUGCUGCUGCAGCAGCAAAAGUGGAUAUAACAGAGGUUAGGGCUGCAUGCAGCAGCAGCAACAGCAUUAACAGCAGCAGCAGCAGCAGUAGCAGCAGCAACAGCAGCAGCAGCAGCAGGAUCUGGAUGGGGUGCAUGCAGCGCGCAUGCAAAGAGCAGCAAGAAGGUCUUGCUGCGCUGCAGUCGUGGCUUGCUGCACACCCCACCCCACAGACUCAUAAUAAGAAUGCAGCAGCAGCACAGGCUUCCUUAGGGCCCCACAGCAGUCCCCUGUCUCUCGUGGGGGCCCUCCAGCCCCGACAGCAGCAGCAACAUGCUGCAGCAGAUGUUGCAGCAGAUACUGCUGCUGCUGCUGCUGCUGCGGACCAGACUCAUAAGGGAAGUCCUUCUCUUCAGCUGCUUGAUGCCCUCGCGUCUCUCGUGAGGUUUGCUGAUGAACACAAGUUGUUGCUGCCGGUCUUUAGAGACCCCCGUGCAGCAGCAGCAGCAGCAGCAGCAGCACCAGCACGAGCAGCGGGCCCAACAGUCCUCUCCUUGCUGAAGGCGCUGCCCUCCGCCCAGCCAGCACAACCCUUUGUGAAGGCCUUCGCCAGGAGCGGAGCCCCGCCGGCGCAUCUGUUAGAAGUUGCGCGUGAAGAGGCAAUAAGUGCAGCUUUGAUGGAUUGCAGUUCGAGACCCCGAGAUGCAGCAGCAGCAGCAGCAGCAGCAGCAGCAGCAGCUGCAGCAGGUUUGAGCGGAGCCCCGCCGGCGUAUCUGUUAGAAGUUGCGCGUGAAGAGGCAAUAAGUGCAGCUUUGAUGGAUUGCAGUUCGAGACGCCGAGAUGCAGCAGCAGCAGCAGCAGGAGCAGCAGGAGCAGCAGGAGCAGCAGCAGCUGCAGCAGGUUUGUACGCGCUGCAGCAGCUGCUGGUGUCUGCAGCAGCAGCAGCAUCACAGGCAGCUGCUGCAGCUGCUGUGGAAGCAAAGGGGCUUAUAGGAGACAGCGAGGGGCCCCCCGCACCACAGCAAACUCUGCUGCAGCAGGCUGUCUCCUCUCAGCUAACAGAGGCAGCAAAGCAGCAAGGCCAGCGUCUCCUUAAUAUCGCCUGUCUGCACGAGGCCCGCUCCAUUGCUGCUGCGUUGGCGCCCGUAGCAGGCCUUAGUGAGGGUGCGCAUAUUAAGAAGGAGACAGCUGAGAGAGAGGUUCUCUUAUCUAAGGAAGCAGAGACAGCAGCAAGAGACAGCCUUCUUUUUAAUAAAAAGGAGACCGGUGUAGAGUAUAUGCUGGAGACAGCACGGAGACGACUGCGACAGAUUGCAGAGGCCCACGGCCUUCAAAUAAAGGAGACAGACGAAACCCUAAAAGAAGUAAAGGAGACACGUUAA